AUGUUCACCUAUUCUUCAGUGUUUGAUUCGUGUUUCCAUGGUGCGGAUCUACUCGAUCAAAACCGUAGAUCUACUGGUCACGGCUCAUCCCUGUCACUGAGUUCAUCCGCCGCUCACCACCAUCGUGUAGUGUUGAGAUCUCGUAUUUAUAUCUAUCGUGGCUCACGGCCCUUCAUCUCGGACAUAGCCGAAGGAUUAGCUCUUGUAAACUUGCUCCGCUCGUAUGCUUUUUCCUACUUCCGCUCCUCGGUUAUCAAUCCAUAUGAAACCCGAAAUACAGUCGCCGCCGCCACCCUCGUACGGCCUAUUUCUUCCAGCGGUAAUCCGAGCAAUCGAAUUCCUACCGUAAAAGGUCAAAUUUUCAACCUCCUCUGCAUUUGCAUUAAUCUAGGUCUAGCCCGGAAUUUUCUCUUAGAGAAGCUCUUCACCGUGUUCUCGUCUCCGGUGAAUACAUGUCGGCUAACCAGAAGGUCUGUCUCGUCAGUUCCGAUAAUGUACAACACCAGAACAAGAUUUGUGUGGGAGACACAAGUUUUCUGGGUUCUCAAACCUUGUAAUUUACUCCCGGUGGAAGAGUCCAAUUCCACUUUCUUCCAUCUCUUUGAGAGUGGUCGAAUCUCCGAGCAUUAUGCCGGCUUCUUCAAAGUCACAAUGUAA